AUGUCAGACCACGUACGAGACCAGCAUGUCCCGAAUAUACAGGACUCAGACAGCUUCACUUACCCCUGGGCGGCCGCACCAGACAUCAUACGCGCAAAUCAAAAGGACGCCUACUUCCAAUCUGUUCUACUGACACACCUGGCGGGUGUCAUCAGAAGUCUCUAUGGCGCUCGCACAGCGCACAACUGGACGAAUGAGGCGCGUACGAUUACCGAAUUGCUCUACCUUGGCCUGACCACCUUUGUUGGCAACCGGACUCUUGGCGAAGAGUAUUGCGAUAUUGUGCAGGUCGAAGACGAUACUUCGCGCCUCCCAUCCAUCCUCCGAAGAUCUGGCUACAUACUGUCGACAGUCUUGCUACCAUACGCUUUGAACCGUGUGCUUCCCGCACUUCGGAGGCGACUGCGAGUGAAAUUGGAGUCGUCCAUGCGCAAACUUCAUCAUAGACGAGCCUCCUCGCCAACAAGGAGCAAGCAGCCUCCAUCUAGGACAUUCAAGAUCCAGGAGUAUAUACUGAAGCACUUGGAUACUGCCACCUCACCUGCAUCAGUAUAUGCUGCAAGCUUGGCUGUCUUCUACUUUAGUGGAGCGUAUUACCAGCUCAGUAAGCGCAUCUUCGGCCUUCGGUACAUCUUUACUCGCAAGCUUGAGCAGAACGAGCAGCGCGUUGGGUAUGAGGUGCUUGGUGUGCUGCUCGUUCUCCAGAUGUUCGUGCAGGGCUACUUGCAUAUGCAGGAAACAUACUCGCAUGCACAGGCUUUCAAUAUCCCUUCGAACAACUCUGCUGCGGGCGGUACUUCUGUAGUCAUAGAUGGUGGCGUCGAAGUCAGUGCCGAUACUGGUAUCACAGCUCCUUUACUUUUCGAAGCACCGCAAGGUGCAGACCCUGCUAUACAAAAGGAAAGGAUCUCGCACAUCACGCAGACGCCACUUCCGCAGCCGCAUCGUUAUCAUCUGGAGGACGCCGAAGUCAUGCAGUGGAUAGACGGCCGACAGCAGCGAAAAUGCACGCUCUGCUUGGAACCCAUGAAGGAUCCAUCCGCCACGACAUGCGGUCAUGUAUUCUGCUGGCACAUGUUCUUCCUCUGCGAGGGUGAUGAGGCCCAUGAAAAUCCAGUCUUCUUCACUGAGUAUGUGGCGGCCCAGAAAGUAGGACGGUACUGA